AUGCCUUCACUGAUUCUGCGUGGAGUGACCGUGAAUUUCCCUUUUCCUCCAUAUGACUGUCAGAAAGACUACAUGAGAAAGGUGAUUGAAUGUCUUCAGAGGAAGGCGAAUGGGGUUCUGGAGAGUCCCACAGGAACCGGUAAAACCCUGUGUCUGCUGUGUGCCACCCUGGCCUGGAGGGAGCACUUCAAAGAGACCAUCUCUGCCCGCAAGAUAGCAGAGAGGCUGCAAGCGGGGGACGCGGCGACCUACUACACCAAUGUCCCCAAGGUCAUAUAUGCAUCCAGGACACACUCUCAGCUCACACAGGUUAUCAGUGAGUUAAAGAACACUUCAUACAGGCCAAAGGUGUGUGUGCUGGGGUCAAGAGAGAAGCUGUGUAUCAACCAGGAAGUGAUGCGCCAGGAGAGUAACCACGUCAAGGUCCAUAUGUGCAAAGGGAAAGUUUCCACCAGGUCAUGUGUCUACUACAAUAAUGUUGAAGAAAAGAGCACUGACAGAGACUUGGUGAACUCCAUCCUCGAUAUUGAAGACUUGGUCAAAUUGGGCCGCGAGCAGAGGGUCUGUCCUUACUACCUCUCCUGUUCCAUAAAGCAGCAGGCAGAUAUUAUUUUCAUGCCAUACAACUACCUGCUGGAUCCAAAGUGCCGCAGGGCGCACAGCAUGGAGCUGAAUGGAGCCGUGGUCAUUUUUGAUGAAGCUCAUAAUGUGGAAAAGACGUGUGAAGAGGUAACAUCGUUUGACCUCACUCCCUAUGAUGUGGCCUCAGCCAUUGCUGCUGUGGACAGGCUGCUGGUGGAGCAGGAUAAACAAGCCAGCCAUGGAGACUCUGUGACGAAGGACUUAAACGUGGAGUCCCUCACCUCUGGUUUAAAAAUAGAUUUAGACGCCAUCGCUAAAAUCAAGCAGAUUCUGCUGGAUCUGGAAGCUGCUAUUGAUUCCUAUGACGUUCCAAGUGACAAAGGCAUCACAAAACCUGGAAUCUUCAUCUAUGAGCUGUUAGAGAGAGCUCACCUGACCUACAGCAGCAAGACAGCUGUGUAUAAAGCUCUGGAGCAGAUCAUUGGAUGCUUUGCAGGACGGACAGAAGUAUUCAUGAACACGAGUGGACUGCAGAAGCUGGCUGAUAUCAUACAGCUGGUGUUCUGUGGUGAAGCAUCAGAGAAAGACAGACAGCAGCAGAUGCAGUCCAACACAUCUAACUUUAAGGUUCAUAUCCACAAAGACACCAGCUAUCACAAGAAAAAGAGCACUGAUGUGAGGGCUUCAUCCUCAUCAAAGAAACAAGGCAACAUUCUGAGUUACUGGUGCUUCUCUCCUGGCUUCGUCAUGCAGGACCUGAAGAGUCAGGGUGUUCGCUGCAUCAUUAUGACCAGCGGCACCCUCUCUCCCCUAUCCUCUUUCACCUCUGAGAUGAGGAUAGAAUUCCCAGUGUGUCUGGAGAACAGCCAUGUGAUUGAGCGGGACCAGAUCUUUGUUAGCAUCGUUGAACGAGGCCCAGAUGGAGAGCAGUUAAGUUCAGCGUUCAAUAGAAGGUCUCUUCCUGAAAACGUGGCAUCUUUAGGCAAAACUGUUGCCAACCUGAGCCGUGUGGUUCCUCAUGGACUCUUAGUGUUUUUUCCCUCCUUUCCUUUGAUGGAAAAAACCCUGGAGUUCUGGAGAGCAAAUGGACUUGCAGAUCGCAUUAACAGCAUCAAGCCCAUUUUUGUUGAACCUAAGGGAAAGGGCACCUUCACUGAGGUUAUGGAGGGAUAUUACACCAAAGUCAAAGAUCCAGCAUCCAAAGGGGGAUCCUUCUUUGCUGUGUGUCGAGGGAAGGCUAGUGAGGGUCUGGAUUUUGCCGACACCUUUGGUCGGGGUGUCAUCAUCACCGGCCUUCCCUUCCCUCCAAAGAUGGACCCUCGAGUCAUCCUGAAGAUGCAGUUCUUGGAUGAGAUGGGCAGGAAGAAAGCUCCUGGGCUGAAGUACCUGUCUGGGCAGGAGUGGUACAAACAGCAGGCUUUCAGGGCUGUGAACCAGGCCAUUGGCAGAGUCAUUCGCCAUAAGGAGGACUAUGGAGCCAUCUUCCUGUGUGACCAGAGGUUUAAGUCCUCUGAUGCCCAGGCUCAGCUGCCAUCAUGGGUUAGGCCUUAUGUACGACCUUAUGAAGGCUUUGGAAGUGUGGUCCGGGAAGUCUCUCAGUUCUUCAGGGUUGCAAACAAAAUGAGGCCUGUGGUAGAGACGAAGACUGCUGCAGAGAGCUCCCACUCCCAAAGCUCCCACACCCAGAAGGCCAAGGUGCUGGAUGCCCACCUUCCCAGCCUGAAGAGGAGGAGGCUCAAUGAACACACUGGAGCCACUGGGAUGCCCGGGAUAUUUGCUCAAUAUGAGUGUGAGGUGCGGAGGAGACCAACCAACCUGCUGGAUGCUCUGGAGCACAUUGACCAUCACAGUAGAGGAAAUGAUGAUGGUGUGGUGGGAGAGGAGAAGGACCGGGUGAUCAUCAACCAUCUGGACAGCAUCUGCCACGCCAUCCUGAAAGGGAAGUGGCCUUGGCCAAGCAAGCAGCACGACUCGCCCGGCUCCCUGGCCGCCAUUGAGAUGCCUAAGCCCCCGCUGUCCGUCUCCCAUUCCUCCUCAUCUGGCCUCGGCCCUCCCGUCUUCACCAACGGCGGUUUGAUCGGCAGCAUGGGCUCCAUGGUGGCCAUGAUGCUGCACGGCAUCCCGCACCCCCAUGGGGCUGCAGUUCCACAGCACACUUUCUGGCCCUCCUUCAUACCCUGA